GCUGCUUGCAUUGUCGUGGUGUGUUCCUUUAAAGGGGUUUUACUUGAGCGGGAACCCUUUCUCUCGCUCUCUUGAGCCCCCAACCCCCCUCUCUUUGUCUGAGUCAUGGUUUUAACCUGGUUCUCCCAGAGGUUUUCAUCUGUAUCCCUCGUGCUCUCUCUGUUAGUCUCUCUCCCCGUGCUGUCUCUUUCUAUCCCUUGGGCUCUCACGUUCGAUCACGUUCGAUCUAUCUCGUUCCUCUCCUUCCCCCAUUCCAUCUCUAUGGGAUCAAUAAAGAGCACUGUGUCUGUCCUGUAAUGUGUUGUCUCUGUCCCAUAUAUAUAUAUAUAUUUUUUGCUCCUAUCCAGAGCGACUCAGUCAGUUCAUUCCACUAGGUAGAUAACAGUAAAAACAUUUUUAUGUAACAGUUACUGCGACUGUUGUUUUGGAAUAUUCUUCCAAUGUUCCUUUCUCGGUGUCGGGUUAUGACAUCUCACACACAGAAGAGAUGGCAUGAGUUUUAAUGGAGCGCAUAUGCUCAAGAUCAGUCAAGUCUAGUGUGUGUGUGUGUGUGUUCAGGUUUAGCCGCUCGGUUGGGUGGAGCCUGUCGUCAUGGGAACCGUGCCCGCACUGAGGAGGUGUACUGGCAAGAGGAACGUUCCAGAACAUUUAAAGAAAGAAAAGAAAACAGUUUGAAUCCUCUUUGUCCCUUCCCUGCUCACAAACAGCUGUUUUUAAAAGACCUUUCUAAGAACCGUCUGUGCGAGCUGCCAGAGGAGCUGUGCCAGUUCAUCUCCUUGGAGACGCUCAGCUUGUACCACAACUGUGUUCGCUCCCUCACCCCCGACCUCUGUCACCUACAGGCUCUCACCUACCUCAACCUCAGCCGUAACCUCCUCUCCAGCCUGCCCCCCUCGAUGUGUCAGCUCCCCCUCCUGAGAGUCCUGAUCGUCAGCAACAACAAGCUGUCGGCCCUGCCCACCUCCAUACAUACCCUCACGCACCUCCGACAGCUGGAUGUGAGUUGUAAUGGCCUGCAGUGUUUGCCUGUGGAGCUGGGUCAGCUGGAGUGUCUGAGAGACCUCAACUUGAGGCGGAACCAGCUCACCACACUGCCAGAGGAGUUGUCCGAGUUACCCCUGGUCCGGUUAGACGUCUCCUGUAACCACAUCUCCCACGUGCCCGUGUGUUACCGCCACCUGCGUCAACUCCAGACCAUAGUCUUGGACAACAACCCCCUGCAGCAACCGCCUGCCCAGAUCUGCUCGAAGGGAAAGUACCACAUCUUCAAGUUCCUCAACAUUGUGGCCUGCAAGAGGAGCCAGGAGGAGCUGGAGAGAGCCCUGAGACCUACAGGGUUUAAUAGCUGUCUGUCGGACCAUGAGCUGUUCUCAGGUCAGUUUGGAGGUUUGGACUCUGGCUUCAACAGUGUGGACAGUGGCAGCAAGAGAUGGUCUGGGAACGAGUCUGCAGAUGACUUCUCAGAGCGGUCCCUGCGUAUGGCUGAGCUCACCAGAGACCAGAGGAACCUGGAGGAAGAGGUGGAGGACGACUCUUCCCUCACAGAGACCCCAGACACGGUGAAUGGGGAGGCCAAGCGGGUGGAUGUCAUAGCGUCACCGAGGAGCGUCACCGAGGAGAAAGAAGACUGCAGGGCGAAUCGUCCCUCUCCCCCCAUCACAGCGCCCCCGCAGGAGAACACAGCGGAAUCCUCACCACCACCCCAAACACAAGACUCUUCUAGAAGCAGUGUGGAGGUAGGAGGGGGGCUGUCACACCCGUCCCCCUCCAGUCCCACCCUGGAGGAGAGGAGGAGACCAGGUACCCUGCUCAUCUGGCAGGAGAGAGAGAGAAUCCAUCAGCAGAGAGACAACACGGCCAGAGACAAUGGUUUACUGAAGAUUACAACUGCCAAAACAGGAAGUAAUGUGGCGACGCUGUCUCAGACAGGAAGUAGCUCGAGUGCUCUGUCUCCCCCUAGUGGUAGCUCACCAGAGGACAACCACUCCCAGAACGGGCUCAGACAACGAUGUGCGAGUGCAGAUCAGAUGUCACUGUCUCAAACGGCACCGGUUCAGCGCUCUGUUAGCCGAUCAGACGUUCCGUCGUCUCCCAAGGCGUCGUCCCCUCCAGGCCUGAGUCAGAAACCCAACAGUUUCCUGUUCCGCACCUCGUCCCGCUGCAGCGUGAAGAGUCAGUUCUCCAUCUCAGGCUCCACACAGAGUCUGGUGGAGGCAGGCCGCUCUGAGUCUCGCUCCGUGUUGAGGCCAGAUGUAGUACAGCUACGUAAGACUCUGGAGUCGAGGUUAAAGACCGUCCUGCCAGAGGAUCUAGGUGAGGCGUUGUCCAAUGGAACGGUCCUCUGCCAGCUGGCCAAUCACGUGCGGCCUCGCGCUGUGUCCAUCAUCCACAUUCCCUCCCCAGCAGUGCCAAAGCUGAGCACGGCUAAGUGUCGUCUCAACGUGGAGAACUUCAUCUCAGCCUGUCGUAGGCUGGGGGUCCCUGAGACGGAGGUGUGUGUGUUGUCUGAUGUGUAUCUCUGUAAGCUGCCUGCUGUGCUGCGCUGUGUGGAGGCCCUGGUGAAAUGUGAGGUAGAGGGGGACAGCCCCUACAGCCCCUACUCCUCACUGCUCUCAGAGGGCUUCUUGGUCUUCUACAGCCUGGUCAUGAUCCUGCUGUACACACUGUACUACCACCUGGUCUCAUAGAUACUGAGGGGUGUGUGUGUGUGUGUGUGUGUGUGUGUGUGUGUGUGUGUGAGUGAGCUCUCGGACUGAUGUGAAUUUGACCACCAAUGCGAACAUUCACAGACAACCCGGACUUAAAUAAUCCACCAUGAUUUCAUAAACACACACACACACACACACACACACACACACACUCGCGCAGCUGUCCUGGCAUGAGGUAUGCAGAGUGAGAGACGAGCCUCACAACACAGGAAGGACUGUCAGCUGCCCCCUCCAGCCUCACAGCUGCUGUCAAAGACGUACCCAACGUGACAGUACACACACACACACACACACACACGGCCACAGCAGAACACACAGUCUGUACGUACAACAGCUGGUGUGGUUGAGCACAACAUGGAACCAUGUGAUUCAUAAAACAACCACUAAAAUCAUGCCCUUUAACGUUGAGAGAUUGGCUCUGGCCCAUAUUGAAGUCGUCUGACAUACCCUUUAGAUAAGAGGGGCCUUUCGAACAUCACAACCUCUGUGAAUGAUUAGCAGAGAAAUACCCUUUAGGUAAGAGGGGCCCUUUCGAACAUCACAACCUCUGUGAAUGAUUAGCAGAGAAAUACCCUUUAGGUAAGAGGGGCCCUUUCGAACAUCACAACCUCUGUGAAUGAUUAGCAGAGAAAUACCCUUUAGGUAAGAGGGGCCCUUUCGAACAUCACAACCUCUGUGAAUGAUUAGCAGAGAAAUACCCUUUAGGUAAGAGGGGCCCUUUCGAACAUCACAACCUCUGUGAAUGAUUAGCAGAGAAAUACCCUUUAGAUAAGAGGGGCCCUUUCGAACAUCACAACCUCUGUGAAUGAUUAGCAGAGAAAUACCCUUUAGAUAAGAGGGGCCCUUUCGAACAUCACAACCUCUGUGAAUGAUUAGCAGAGAAAUACCCUUUAGAUAAGAGGGGCCUUUCGAACAUCACAACCUCUGUGAAUGAUUAGCAGAGAAAUACCCUUUAGGUAAGAGGGGCCCUUUCGAACAUCACAACCUCUGUGAAUGAUUAGCAGAGAAAUACCCUUUAGGUAAGAGGGGCCCUUUCGAACAUCACAACCUCUGUGAAUGAUUAGCAGAGAAAUACCCUUUAGGUAAGAGGGGCCCUUUCGAACAUCACAACCUCUGUGAAUGAUUAGCAGAGAAAUACCCUUUAGGUAAGAGGGGCCCUUUCGAACAUCACAACCUCUGUGAAUGAUUAGCAGAGAAAUACCCUUUAGGUAAGAGGGGCCCUUUCGAACAUCACAACCUCUGUGAAUGAUUAGCAGAGAAAUACCCUUUAGAUAAGAGGGGCCCUUUCGAACAUCACAACCUCUGUGAAUGAUUAGCAGAGAAAUACCCUUUAGGUAAGAGGGGCCCUUUCGAACAUCACAACCUCUGUGAAUGAUUAGCAGAGAAAUACCCUUUAGGUAAGAGGGGCCUUUCGAACAUCACAACCUCUGUGAAUGAUUAGCAGAUAAAUACAUUUUAGUUAAACCGUUUUUAAAGGGCUUCCCUACAUGACUGCUGUUACCCCUCUAAUGCACAGCAUGUCUCUGUCUCUGUCUGACGAUGUCCUCUCUCUCUGUCUGACGAUGUCCUGUCUCUCUGUCUGACGAUGUCUCUGUCUCUCUGUCUGACGAUGUCUCUCUGUCUGACGAUGUCUCUCUGUCUGACGAUGUCUCUCUGUCUGACGAUGUCUCGUCUCUCUGUCUGACGAUGUCCUGUCUCUCUGUCUGACGAUGUCUCUGUCUCUCUGUCUGACGAUGUCCUGUCUCUCUGUCUGACGAUGUCCUGUCUCUCUGUCUGACGAUGUCCUGUCUCUCUGUCUGACGAUGUCCUGUCUCUCUGUCUGACGAUGUCUCUGUCUCUCUGUCUGACGAUGUCUCUGUCUGACGAUGUCUCUGUCUCUCUGUCUGACGAUGUCUCUGUCUCUCUGUCUGACGAUGUCCUGUCUCUCUGUCUGACGAUGUCCUGUCUCUCUGUCUGACGAUGUCCUGUCUCUCUGUCUGACGUUGUC